AUGGCUCCAAAACCACCUUCAGGCACCUCGUCCAGAGCCUGGGAUGCAGUGACACCAGCCAUGUCAGAAUGGGUGUUAGAGGCAAUGUCCUCAAUGGGCUUCACCCGGAUGACCCCAGUGCAAGCAUCCGCUAUUCCUCUGUUCAUGGCGCACAAGGAUGUCGUAGUGGAGGCAGUCACUGGCAGCGGAAAAACGCUAUCUUUUCUGAUCCCAGUGGUAGAGAAGCUUUUGCGUCUCGAAGAACCUGUCAAAAAACAUCAUAUUGGAGCCAUCAUCAUCUCACCAACAAGAGAACUUGCAUCACAGAUUUACAAUGUACUAUCAUCAUUACUCGCCUUCCAUCCUCCUUCAGCCGCUGCGAUAAACCCCUCAGAAGACGACAAUGCGCCUCGACCCAAGUUCCCUUCUUCUACUCUCAAAGUCGUUCCGCAGCUCCUCCUUGGCGGUUCGACCACUCCUGCAGAGGAUUUGAGUACAUUCCUGAAGCGGUCACCGAAUGUGUUGGUCUCUACGCCUGGGCGGCUUCUGGAAUUGCUUUCUUCCCCUCACGUCCACUGUCCGCAGUCCUCGUUCGAGAUGCUGGUUCUUGACGAGGCCGAUCGAUUGCUAGACCUGGGAUUCAAGGAUACCUUGCAGAACAUCCUGCGCCGGCUUCCUAAACAAAGACGAACGGGCUUGUUCAGCGCCAGUGUUAGCGAGGCCGUUGACCAGAUUGUGCGAGUUGGUUUGCGUAAUCCAGUCAAGGUCAUGGUCAAGGUCAAGGGUGGCUCAGGUGUUGACGAUAAGCGGACUCCGGCUAGUCUGCAAAUGACCUAUCUUACGACACCCCCCUUACACAAAUUCGCCGCCUUGAAACGUAUCCUUUCUUCAGUUCAACCGACUCCGUUGAAAACGAUUUUCUUCGUCUCUACCUGUUCGGCUGUCGACUAUUUGUCCGCAAUCCUCCCACUGCUGCUCGGUGACGAUUUCCUGUUGAUUCCACUUCACGGCAAACACCAGGCAAAUGUCCGCCAAAAGAACUUCAACCGCUUCAUUAACUCGCACGAUCCCGCCAUUCUUCUCACCACAGAUGUUGCUUCGCGUGGAUUGGAUAUCCCGUCAGUCGAUCUUGUCGUUCAAAUCGACCCUCCAUCAGACCCGAAGUCGUUCAUUCAUCGAUGCGGCCGUGCUGGAAGAGCCGGCCGGAGGGGUCUGAGCGUGGUACUUUUGCAUCCAGGACGCGAAGAAGAUUAUGUUUCUUUUCUAGAAGUUCGGAAAACACCUGUUGUUCCAUUCUCUCCAUCGAUUACUUUCUCUGACGCUGAUGCGGCCACUGCCACGGCCACUGCCCGCAAGGCUGUGUUGGCUGAUCGUGCGCUGUAUGACCGAGGCCAGAAGGCGUUUGUCAGUUGGCUCAGAAGCUACAGCAAGCACCAGGCAAGCAGUAUCUUCCGUGUCGCUGACCUUGAUUGGGAAGCUUUGGGCAAAGCAUGGGGUUUGUUGAAAUUGCCUAAGAUGCCUGAGUUGAGGAACUUCACCGGUGACAGGACACUCGGCGUGAGCCUUGACUGGGACAAUUACGCAUACAAAGACAAACAAAGGGAGAAACGACGGAAGGAGCUUCUCCAGGAGGCCGCCGAGUCUGGUGCCCCUCAAUCCAAGCCAAAUAAGAGACGGGCCAGCGAGAGUGUCGCAUGGAGCCAACAAGCCGAGUCGAAGAACAAGAAGCUCAAGCGACGUGAGCAGAAGAAAUCGAAGCACGACAAGGCCAGAUGGGAGAAGAUGACGGAGGAAGAAAAACAGAAGGUUCUUGAGACGGAGAAGAUGGUUGAGGCGCUGAGGAAGAAGAACGAGGAAGAAAGACGACUAAGACGAGCAGCAGCCAAAGCCGCAGGCACGAAGGCUGAUGGUGAUGACGACGAAGAAUUCCAGGGAUUUGAUUAA